AUGGAACAGAGCAUACUAAGGAAAGGAAAAACAUCGUCAACGCUGUCAAAAAAAAACGAAAAAAAAUUAACAAUAGCUGGACGACAAGGGAAGCCUCACCGCGAUACCUCUGCCAACUUCCGAGUUCACAAAACCAGCUCUAGAAGAAUAAGAGAGCACAGUCAAUCUACGAAUCAAAAUAUCAAUCGAAACCACAGCUUUGCGUUUAACAAGACACCAUCAGACGCGACCCAACUUCAGUCCGGCUUCAAUUUCUCCGAAGGCCUUAACGACUGGCCUAUUUCCGAUUUCUUAGCCUCACUAGAUCAAUGGGAGGAUCUAUAG